AUGGCCUCAAACUGCAAUACUAAUUCAAACUUCGAUGAGAGUCGAUGGGUUAUUCAAAUCCGUCGAACACUUGACGAAGAACUUGAAGAAGAUACUGAAAUUCCAGUUAGCAUUUUCAACGUCCCAAAAGCUCUACUGUUGAGCGAUCAAGAUUCAUACGUGCCACAAGUAGUGGCAAUAGGCCCAUACCAUUAUUGGCGUACAGAACUGCAUGAUAUGGAAAGGUACAAAUUAGCUGCUGCAAAAAUAACUCAGAAACAGCUCCAAAGUCUCAAAUUCCAGCAUCUUGUGGAACAGCUGAUAAAUUUUGAGCACAGAAUUCGUUGUUCGUACCAUAAGUAUUUGAAUUUCAAUGAGGAAACUUUGGCCUGGAUGAUGGCUGUAGACGCCUCUUUCUUGCUCGAGUUCCUUCAAAUCUACGCGAUUAGAGAAGGUAAAAUUCUAACUAGAUCCGCGCAUAAUGCCAUUCUUAGAGAUUUAAUUAUGCUUGAAAACCAAAUCCCGUUAUUUAUAUUAAGGAAAAUGUUGGAAUUCCAGUUUUCAUCUUUAGAGUUGGCAGAUAACAUGCUGGUGUGUAUUCUAACGGGGUUCUGUAAAGAGCUUUCUCCUUUCCAAAUGGUAGAUGAUUUCCCAAUAAUUCAAAUCACAGAAUGUGUUCAUUUGCUGGACUUUUUGUACCAAUUUAUCGUGCCCAAAUUAGAAGGAACUUCUGAAAUAACAAAAGAUGAUCACGAGCAAACAGAUGCCAACCAAGUCGAAAAUAGUAAUUUCGUUGGGAAAUCAAGUCAUAUCGGACAACUUAUUAAUGAAAUCUGGAAAAUCCUUGUGAAAAUAAACAGAGGCCCGGUACGUCUUCUUAAGAGAAUAGUAUUUUCAAGACCAGUUAAACUCAUGUUUAAGCUGCCUUGGAAAUUCAUUUCUAAUCUUCCUGGAAUAAAACUUUUUAUACUACCUAUUACAUAUAUGUUCUUUUCUCAAGAAAAAGCAGAAGUAAAUUCUGAAACUAAUAUCAAUAAACCCCCUCUGUUUGAAGAAAUAGCCAUCCCAUCAGUUACUGAACUUUCUAAAGCCGGAGUCAGUUUUGUAGCAACCAAUGCUGGAAUCAUGAGCAUAAAUUUCGACGAUAAAAAGAUGAAAUUUUAUUUGCCUACAGUCAGUCUAGACGUAAACACAAAGGUCAUUUUGAGGAAUUUAGUUGCAUACGAAGCAUGUAAUGCAUCAGGGCCUUUAGUUUUUACACGUUACACUGAAUUAAUGAACGGGAUUAUUGAUACAGAAGAGGAUGCUUUGUUACUUAGGGAAAAAGGAAUAAUAUUGAACCGUUUGAAGAGUGAUAAAGAGGUUGCAAACUUGUGGAAUGGGAUGAGUAGAUCGUUGAGAUUAACUAAAGUGCAGUUCUUGGAUAAAGUGAUUGAAGAUGUGAAUGGAUUUUACAAUGCAAGAUGGAAUAUUAAGACUGGAAAAAUGAUGAAGCAUUAUGUUUUUGGGUCAUGGCAAGUUCUCACAUUCUUGGCUUGUAUUAUGCUCUUAAUGUUGAUGACUUUACAAGCAUUUUGUUCAGUCUAUAAAUGUGCUCGUAUAUUUCAUAUUCAGAAUUCUGAUGACUGA